AUGGCCGGCAGUCGCAUCAACUUCACCAACUACCUGCGCAACCUGAAUGUGCAGGAGCCGCAGGUCGAGGAGUAUGUGGCUCCCAACGACGAGGAGCUCGCGCUAUUUACCAACACCAACUUCUUUGACUACGAGACGGGCCAGAACACCGACUACCAGGCGCCGCCUGUCAAGCCCGAUGCUGUUGUCGCUCCUACUCCCGUCGAGACUGCGGCGACAUCGCCCGAUGUGCCGACCGAUGCCUUCAUGACCGAUUUCCUGUCGGGCCUCGACCAGGGCUUGGAGUUUGCUGCUCCUGCAGCCGACUUCAACUUUGGCGACUUCAGCACCACCUACACCUCGCCCACCAUCCCGGCCUACCCAGACACUCUAGGCCAGCUCCAGCCCAUUCAGCCCAACCCGCAAGCCGCCUACCCUCCGGUUUCGCAGCACCAUGCGUCUCAUCACGUUCAGCACCCCCACCAGCCCGGCUAUGUCCUUGCCAACCCUCCCCAGCUAGGCGGUAACAAGCGCAAGGCCAGCGAUGCCAUCUUCGAGGAGGCCUCUCGCCUUGCCGCCGAGGAAGACAAGCGAAAGCGCAACACCGCAGCUAGCGCCCGAUUCCGCAUCAAGAAGAAGCAGCGCGAGCAGGCGCUCGAAAAGUCGGCCAAGGAGAUGAGCGAGAAGGUCACCCAGCUUGAGGGACGCAUCCAGGCUCUCGAGACGGAGAACAAGUGGCUCAAGGGCCUCGUCACUGAGAAGCACGGCAGCAAGGAGGACAUUCUCAAGCUUCUCCGCGAGUUCUCAGCCCACGCUGCCAAGGUUUCCAAGGAUGCUGCUGCGGCCGCGGCUGACAAGGCUGAGGCUGCGGCUGACAAGGCUGAUGCUGAACGCGCCAGGGAAGAGAGCUCCAUCUGCGUCUCCACCUCUUCACCCAGUUCCGAUGAAUCCGUCGACUCGAACAACAAGAAGAGGAGGAAGGACUAA